AUGGAUGAGCUUACGCAGCUAAAGAAGAAGCGUGGUAAUACUGUCAGACAGUAUAGCUGCGAGUUCCGAAUGCUGCUACGAAUGAUACCGUUUCUCGAGCACGGCGAGAAUGAAGCCGUCGCCGAAGCAGAUGCGGUACGGAUGUACCGGCAAGGGAUGCCGAUAGAUUGGCAGGUUGAAGUCAAUCGCAUCUCCCGCAUCUGGGACCUGGCGUCGAUUGAGACUCAGUUUGAGCUCAUUGAGAGAAACGAGCACGACGAAGCUAUCCUACGAAGCAACCGUCCUCGGCGUAGCGAGCCCAAACAACAACGCGACCACCAGCGCGGAAACACUGGACAACCACAGUGA